UUCCUCAUCCUGAUGGGCACCGAACUCACUCAAGUGUUGCCCACCAACCCUGAGGAGAGCUGGCAGGUGUACAGCUCCGCCCAGGACAGCGAGGGCAGGUGUAUCUGCACAGUGGUCGCCCCCCAGCAGACCAUGUGUUCGCGGGAUGCCCGCACGAAACAGCUGAGGCAGCUACUGGAGAAGGUGCAAAACAUGUCCCAAUCCAUAGAGGUCCUGGACCGGCGGACUCAGAGGGACUUGCAAUAUGUGGAGAAGAUGGAGAACCAGAUGAAAGGACUGGAGUCCAAGUUCAAACAGGUGGAGGAGAGUCAUAAGCAACAUCUGGCCAGGCAGUUCAAGGCAAUAAAAGCGAAAAUGGAUGAACUUAGGCCUUUGAUACCUGUGUUGGAAGAGUACAAGGCCGAUGCCAAAUUGGUUUUGCAGUUUAAAGAGGAGGUCCAGAAUCUGACGUCAGUGCUUAACGAGCUGCAAGAGGAAAUUGGCGCCUAUGACUACGAUGAACUGCAGAGCAGAGUGUCCAAUCUUGAAGAGAGGCUUCGUGCGUGCAUGCAAAAGCUAGCGUGCGGCAAGCUGACCGGCAUAAGUGACCCUGUGACCAUCAAGACCUCUGGCUCGAGGUUCGGGUCCUGGAUGACGGACCCUCUAGCCCCAGAAGGUGAUAACAGGGUCUGGUACAUGGACGGCUACCACAACAACCGCUUCGUGCGGGAGUACAAAUCCAUGGUCGACUUCAUGACCACGGACAAUUUCACGUCCCACCGCCUGCCACACCCCUGGUCCGGCACGGGGCAGGUGGUCUACAACGGCUCCAUCUACUUCAACAAGUUCCAGAGCCACAUUGUCAUACGCUUCGACCUGAAGACGGAGAGCAUCCUCAAGCAGCGCAGCCUGGACUACGCCGGCUAUAACAACAUGUACCACUACGCCUGGGGCGGCCACUCGGACAUCGACCUCAUGGUGGACGAGAGCGGGCUGUGGGCCGUCUACGCCACCAACCAGAACGCCGGCAACAUCGUCAUCAGCAAGCUGGACCCCGUGUCCCUGCAGGUGCUGCAGACCUGGAACACCAGCUACCCCAAGCGCAGCGCCGGCGAGGCCUUCAUCAUCUGCGGGACCCUCUAUGUCACCAAUGGCUACUCGGGGGGCACCAAGGUCCACUACGCCUACCAGACCAAUGCCUCCACCUACGAGUACAUCGACAUCCCGUUCCAGAACAAGUACUCCCACAUCUCCAUGCUGGACUACAACCCCAAGGACCGCGCCCUGUAUGCCUGGAACAACGGCCACCAGAUCCUCUACAACGUCACCCUCUUCCACGUCAUCCGGUCCGACGAGUUGUAGUUGCCUCCGCCUGGACGCCGGGGUCCAGGUCCUCGCCCGCGUGGAAACCCUGUGACACGGCGGCCCGGACGGUGCUGACGAAACCCAUCGCACCGGCUCGGGAAACGGCCGCGGCGGGGAGUCCCGCGGCGCGCCGUGCCACGGCCUCCGCGUUUCUCCCGCUCAGGCCGGAGGGCGACGGAUUGGGGAAGGAACCCCCCCCCCCAACUUUGCAGCUGGAACUGCAGCCCAGGGCUCCCCUCGCCGCCCCGGCCCCCCUUUUUUGGUCAAAUCAAAUGACAUACUAAAGAAGUCAGGCGAUGUCUGUUGGCCGGUUCUCGCCCGAGGACAGCCCGCCGUUAGGAUCGCAUGGACCUUUCCUUAGACCGCGGUCGGCGCCGAUGGACGGGCUCGCCGUGUGUCUCCCGGAGCCCCCGGCCCUGGUCGCCCCCGGCGCCCGGAGGGGUCCACGCAGGCUCAUCUAGCUCGUACCCCAUCGCGGCGGCUGCUCCCCGACCGUGUGUUGUGUCUUAGAUUAACGUGCCGAGACCCCAGUAGCCCGUGCC